GGCGUCGAUUACCAGAGUCAGCAGAGGAAUCUUUCGCCGAAGGAAAUCGAGGGCUGUAUUUGGAUCGAAUCUUAAAUCUGAUACCAUCAUUUAGACUUUGAAACAUAGCGGAAGAAUUUUAAAGACAUGCGAAAGACAGACAUUACAUUGAAUAGCAAACAACAACAACAACAACAACAAACCAUUUUUGUUACAUUUCAAAGGAAGGAUAACGUAGUAGUUUUCACGUUCAAGUUUAUGCUGAUCAAUUAACGCCAGUUGUCCCAAAAAUGUUUGUAGCGCAACACCCCUUGUCGCCUCUAGCGAGUGUUAUCAAUUGAAAUUUCACCGUGGUUACUGACGAAGCGGGAAUGUAAACAAUCUGUACGAGACAGAAAAUCUAUAUUCAGAACUUUAUCUUUUCAAUUAAAGUCUCAGCCGAAAAGUUCAUUUAGUUUAAAACGUAAUUUAUUGAUUAUUGCGUGACAGGGCAAGAUGGAAUUUGAUUUCAAUAUAAAUCAUCUGUUUCCGGAUAAAAUCACGUUAGUGGGUGAAAACAGUUCGUAUCGUAAACAUGCAAAUUCAAAGAUUUUGCAAAGAAAUCUACAAAUAGUGAUCGAGGUUCUGGGACAACGGUCUGCCAGGGCUCAACAGCUGACUGGUUCCAUCACCACUUUACUGAAAUCACAACUCAACAAUCAAAGAAUAUAUGUGCUCAAAGAAGCCAAUGCUAACAAUGGGUUGGGAUGUGUCAUCGGGUUUCUGAAAACUGGAAAAAAAAGGCUUUUUGUUCUUGAUCGAGAUGGAAACCACAACGAGAUGAACCCGCUCUGUGUAUUGGAUUUCUAUGUUCAUGAAUCGCAACAACGAAAAGGAUGUGGUCUUUGCUUGUUUAAACACAUGCUACAUGUAGAAGGAGUGAAAGCAAGUCACCUCGCAAUUGACCGACCUUCACAUAAAUUCAUCUCUUUCCUGAAGAAGCACUUCAGCUUAUGGGCCACUGUUCCUCAGGUUAACAACUUUGUUAUUUUUGACGGAUUUUUCAAAAAUCGAAGUGACACCGUGCGUAACAAUAAUGCUAAAUCUGAAUGGAAUAAUCGGCAGUUUCGUCCGUUGUCAAGAGCUGUUAGUGAUGAUAUUAUUAAGCGAAACAGACAGUCAGACCACACAGUCAUGUCCACGGCAUUAAAAGACAUCAGACCAGUGUCUGGAUCCGAACUAUACACCAAUCAUUUUUUGCCGUCGCAGAGAAAUAACAGAAGACAAAAGUGGAAUAAUGAUGGAAUAUGGACUCCGGACACCAAUGCAAGGCCCAAUAUGUACAGCAGGUUUUCUCAUGAUGUCCCCAACAAAGUGAACGGACUACCCCCUUUGCCUCCAAACAGACGUGAUCGCUAUGGUGACAAUGAUGUUGUCACAAAUCCUUACAGAAGAAACUCCACCAACCAGAAUGGCCAUGUCAAAGGGGAUGUUCUGCAAGGUAGUCACAUGGCAGAUAAAAAAGACAUAGGAGAAGAAAGAGCAAAAGACAAUGCUUUACCUGGUAUAGCAACCAACCAACUAGAAGAAUCUAGAGUUCAAACUAACCCACAAGAGGUCACUGAAAAUGCUUAUAAUGGAAUGAACAAACAUUCUUCACCAGUAGACCAAUUAAAGUGCAAUAGCCUAUCUCAAGAUCAAAAAUCUUCCCCCAAAAUAGCCAGAAAACCAGCAACACCCCCCCAUUUAAAACCUAGCAGUAUUAUAGAUGAACUGAAAGCAAAAGACGCAGCUUAUCUUUCAAAUCGAAACCUUUCAACACAAAACCAAAGUCGGUUGUGGUAUCAAAGGCAGUUGCAAGGUACACGGAGCUCCUGGAAUGUAUUAGGCGUGCCUACACGACCAUUUUGGAAUGCACAGUAGUGAUCGCGCAAUUUUUUUCCUUGUAUUGUAUUAAGCACACUUGAUUUCCUAGUCUUAGUUUCAAAUGCAAGUCAAGUUAACACAAGCGCUGCGUUUACUUUGCAAUUCGAAAUCGAUUCUGUUCAUGCAGUAAUUUCUCAGUAUUUUUAUUAAAUUCUUAUCAAACCUC